AGUUGAGAAAGAAAGUUAGAGGCAGGUUUCCUUACAAGGCAGUGAGUGAGUGAAUGAAAUAGGCGGGAAGAACAGAUUCCUCCUCCCGCAGCGUCCGCGCGCUUCGCGAAACACGGUCAGUCGCCUUUUUUUUUUUGCUUUUCACCGUCAUUUUUAAACAUUUCUCCCGCCCGCAAGUCAAGUGCAUCUGCUGUGAAAAGGAAAAAGAAAAUGUCGCGAAACAGUACUUCGUCCGACUUCCCCGGCAGCAGCUCAGCGAAACGCGCGCUUUGCAUCUGACGAGAAUUCAGCGAAACUAAGUGAUGAUGAGUUUUCAGUGAGUUUCACCACGUCCAGCGUUUAUGGCACUUGACUUGGCGAAGGUGAAAGUUGAAGGUGGGAGUCUGUUUUUCAGCCGAGUUCGUUUGCUCGCCUUAAUUUACCCCUUUCUGCUUGUGCUUGUGUUGGGUACGUUUUAUUCAUUGCGCUGCGCUGUGCUGUGUGCUCGUGGCCCGCGGGACUGCGCGAGAGCGUGCGGCGCGCUCUGUCUGUGUGAAGAGCGCCUUCGCGUGCAGCGCGUCGUGACGCGUGCGGGAUGUUCGGCAAAAGUCGAACCCUGAACGCGGGGUUGGUGUCGGAGCGGCCCGAGUGCAACAUCGCCGUGCUCGGAGUCAGGGGUUCGGGCAAGUCAGCACUGACCGUGAAGUUUCUCACUAAACGCUUUAUCAGCGAGUAUGAUCCUAACCUUGAAGACACGUAUGCAUCUGAAGAGAUUGUGGAUCAACAGUCUGUUCUUGUAAAAAUUAUGGACACUGCAGACCAGGACGGCCCUGUGCACUGCGAGCGCUACCUGAGCUGGGCUAGUGCCUUCCUGGUGGUCUACAGCAUCGACAACCGGCACAGCUUUGAUGGCAGUCAGCAAUACCUGGAUAUCCUGAGCACGCGCAACAGGGGGCUUAAACCUGAGACCCCCAUAAUCCUCCUGGGGAACAAGGUGGACAUGGAGAGAUAUAGACAAGUGAGCAAAUCGGACGCAGGAGCUGUGGCCUCGCGAUACGGCUGCCUGUUCUUCGAGGUGUCUGCCUGCCUGGACUACCUCUCGGUGCAGAGCGUCUUCCACGAGGCGGUGAGAGAGGUCUGGAGAGAGUCGGAGAGGGGGCUGGUGUCACGCACGCUCUUCAUCAGUGAGGAAAAGCCUGUGGUGGGAUUGGCCCCUGCACUGCCUGUCACUGCCUGCCUCAAGGAGCUGCCGACCCCUACCACAGCCAAGCUGGUCACAGUCAAGUCGUCGCGGGCACAGAGCAAGCGCCGAGCCCCCACGCUCACGCUGCUGAAAGGAUUCAAGAUCUUUUAACAACUCAAGGACGACGACCAAAGCAUCCACAGGAGGAGUUCACACCGACUCAUCGCUGUCGGUGGUGCUGGUUCGUUUUUUAUGUCUCAGCAUGGCACAAGACUUUCCUACGUGUCUUGCACAGAGAUCCAGGAGCGACAAGUGAUUGAGUUGUACUGGAUCCAGAACAGAUGAAGAUGAUGUGUUUGUGCCUUUCUGGCUUCUGGCUUUGACACUGAUCUGUAAACAUUCUUCCACAGUUUUCUGUUUUUGUCACUCUCUCAUGGCCUUCCUAGCUCACCACUGGAAAUGUGGCAUUUUACUUAGUCUGUAAGGGCUUAUUGUGGGUCGAGUGCUGCGAAGAUGUCUCGCAAGGAGCUCCUCUCUGCCCACAAUUCUGCCUGCCGCAUACAGACGCACUUACUGGCCAGCUCUGAAAGUCAAACAGAGGGGAAUAGAUGAGCAUGAAAAGUGUACAAAGCACUCAUUAAUUGUAAUAGUGUGUGCCAUCUUGGAGCAGUGGCAAGGUACUGGAAUUUGAAGUUAAAAUUAGAAUGUUAGACGGGACACGUUUUGCCUCUCUUGACCGCCCCCUUGUGGCUGAUGUGGGAAAGGCAGGUUGUAGGUUCAAGUCUCAUGUGUAAGUGUCUGGGGCAGUGUUUCUCACCUUCGCUGAGGCCAGGGUGUCAGUAGUGUGAUCUAACUUUUGGAGUUUUUGCGGUUUGAAAUCCUCUAAACCUUAAAACACCUGCAUUUGUUUAUAUUUUCAGCUCAGUGUAUUAAUUUCGUUCCCUGCAUUUAAUUACUGUUGUAAUUUUGCACUGAAUUACUGCUUACAAAAUGAAGCAAUAAACAUUGUUUUUUGGUUCAUAAAAUUUUUCCACAUUGAUUUCAAGAAGAGGGGGUGCAGUGGCGCAGUGGGUUGGACCGGGUCCUGCUC